AUGGCGCCACGUUGGCCUUCUUGUCGAAACGUUUUUCUUCCCUUUUUCUUUGCCUUUGUGUUUGCCACCACAGUGCUUCAUCCCGUCCUUGUGGUCCGUGCAGCCGGGCUCUGUCCGGCCGCAGCGGAACAGGGCUGCUUCGACGCGAAGUACACCUGUGAGUCCUGUUGUCGCAACAUCGCCGUGCCGAUUGGAAACCUCUCGUGUUGGGAGGGGGAUAUAAAAUUUGCAACCUGCUGCGGCGAAUGGAUUGUAAAAAUGUCUGGGUCUGAAAACUUGUAAUGGUAAAAGUGAAUGAUAGACGCACGGGAAUACGCAGCUAUACAUGACAAAUUUUUUGGCUGCCCUGUCUUACGUAUUCCGCAUGUCAAACUGCGUUUUUGCGUGACAGGUGACAGGACUUUUUCGUGCCUAUGCAACACAGAUUCUCGAGUCAUGCCAGACAAGCAUGACAAAGAACUUGCAUUCUUCUAGACCCAGACAUUUUUGCAUUUGAUACGGCGUCACAAAUUACCGGCUGGCUCUGUUCCAACAGGGGGAGCAACGAAACGACCCGCUGGCCACGGACAAGAACUUUGGGACGAAGGAACAGGUAGUCUACUUGCAACCAAAUAGUUCUUCUUCUUAUAGCAGCUCAAGAACAGUAGGAAACUUUUCUCCACUUCUACUUCGCAUGACAAAACUACAAAAAAUCUUCUAUACCAGGUCUGCCCACCCACGGCUCUAGAGCAGUGUUUUGACAAACACUUCCCUUGCGAGAGGUGUUGCGACACGAAGUACGGGCCGCAGGGGAAUCCGUACUGCUGGCCGUCGGUCCCCGGACUGGAGCGGGACCUGAAUUACGGGCUAUGUUGCGGGGUGCAGGCGCCCUUCGACGAAAGCGUGGAGAAGUUGGCGAUUCCGUUCUUGCAAGAGACAAAUUUGAUUUCCGAAGUAGAUGACAGCGGCAGCAGAAAGGAUAGGGAACUGUUGUAAAUAAAGCCGAACAAGAAAGCGAUCUUUCUUCUCAAGUCUGUAUCUGAUAGACGACUUCCACCUGGAGGCUUUCGUUCUUGAACAAUGGGCUGUGUGCCGCCUGGUCGUCGUGCCACUCAG